ACAUCCACAUGUACAACCACAUCCACAUGUACAUGUACAACCACAUCCACAUAUACAACCACAUCCACAUGUACAUGUACAACCACAUCCACAUGUACAUGUACAACCACAUCCACAUAUACAACCACAUCCACAUGUACAGCCACAUCCACAUGUACAUGUACAACCACAUCCACAUGUACAUGUACAACCACAUCCACAUAUACAACCACAUCCACAUAUACAACCACAUCCACAUGUACAUGUACAACCACAUCCACAUGUACAUGUACAACCACAUCCACAUGUACAUGUACAACCACAUCCACAUGUACAACCACAUCCACAUAUACAACCACAUCCACAUGUACAACCACAUCCACAUAUACAACCACAUCCACAUAUACAACCACAUCCACAUGUACAACCACAUCCACAUGUACAUGUACAACGACAUCCACAUAUACAACCACAUCCACAUGUACAACCACAUCCACAUCAACAUGUACAACCACAUCCACAUAUACAACCACAUCCACAUAUACAACCACAUCAACAUGUACAUAUACAGCCACAUCCACAUAUACAACCACAUCCACAUGUACAUGUACAACCACAUCCACAUAUACAACCACAUCCACAUAUACAACCACAUCCACAUAUACAACCACAUCCACAUGUACAUGUACAACCACAUCCACAUAUACAACCACAUCCACAUGUACAACCACAUCCACAUGUACAACCACAUCCACAUGUACAUGUACAACCACAUCCACAUAUACAACCACAUCCACAUGUACAACCACAUCCACAUAUACAACCACAUCCACAUAUACAACCACAUCCACAUAUACAACCACAUCCACAUGUACAUGUACAACCACAUCCACAUGUACAACCACAUCCACAUGCACAUGUACAGCCACAUCCACAUAUACAACCACAUCCACAUAUACAACCACAUCCACAUGUACAACCACAUCCACAUGUACAACCACAACCACAUCCACAUGUACAACCACAUCCACAUGUACAUGUACAACCACAUAUACAACCACAUCCACAUAUACAACCACAUCCACAUAUACA